CCCUCCCCAGCUGCUGGAGGAGGAGAUCCGCAAUCCCACCCAGUCAAACUGCUUGCUCAGACUCUCUCACACUUACAUACCAACGCUCCACAGGAAAAGCUGGAGACAGACCUCCCCGUCGCACCUCCCAACAGCCUCACUGUGUUGUGCAAGCCCAAAUGGGACCCUCCUGUACUUUGAUAGUUGGUUAAUUACUUAUGUGAAGUCCCACAGAUGUCUGGUGGGGCGCUUCCAAACUUCGCCUGACUCGCUGGCUGAGUGACGGGAUCGGAGGGAAGGCAGACGUUUAAGGAGCGCUGCCAGACUGAACCUGGAGUUAGAAGAGGACAGAGACUGAAAGCUGAUCCAGACGUGUGUAAUUGGACUCUUAUCACCGUAUCUGCAAGUCGGAAAGUGGAAUGUGUUCAACAAUGCAUCCUACAACCUUACACAUGUUGCUGUUAACGGCUGUCAUGGCCGCUGGUGGAAUGACUCAGACAAACCACACAGAGGAGCAUUCCAGUUCCCUGCAGCCCUGUAUUACCCCUGAUCAUGGCCUGUGGCCCGCGUCCAGCCAGGUUCUGACAGCCAACGCCACAAGACUUCCUGCUAGCAAACCUGUUAAGCCUUGUCCGGUGCCCCUCUCUAUCAAUGAAACAUUCAAGGUCAUCAACACAGUCAUUGCCUGCUUGGUGUUCGUGGUUGGUAUUGUGGGCAACGCUACCCUGCUGUGGAUUAUCUACCAGCACAAGUGCAUGAGGAAUGGACCUAAUGCUCUGAUCGCCAGCCUGGCUCUGGGGGACCUGAUCUACAUCAUCAUAGAUAUCCCCAUCACCGUCUAUAAGCUCCUGGUGAGGAGGUGGCCUCUGGUUGAUUACCCCUUUGGUCGUGUCCUCUGUAAAAUGGUGCCCUUCAUCCAGAAAGCAUCUGUUGGCAUCACCAUCCUCAACCUGUGUGCUCUCAGCAUCGACAGGUACAGGGCUGUAGUCUCAUGGAGUCGUGUGCAAGGGGUGGGUAUUCCCUUGGUCACCGCCAUCGAGAUCGUUGGUAUCUGGGUGCUGUCAAUCAUCUUGGCAGUACCAGAGGCUGUGGUGUUUGACAUCACGCCCUUCAGAUACUACAACAUCACGGACCUCACCUGUAUGAUGAAGCCAGAGUCUGCCUUCAUGCAGUUUUACAUUAAGGCAAAAGUCUGGUGGCUUUUUGGUCUUUACUUCUGCGCACCACUGGCCUGCACAGCUUUUUUUUAUACACUCAUGACCUCGGAGAUGCUCAACCAUAGAAAAGGAAGCCUGAGGAUUGCCUUAAGUGACCACCUCAAACAGAGAAGAGAGGUGGCCAGAGCGGUCUUCUGCAUGGUGCUGAUCUUCGCCUUGUGCUGGUUCCCUUUGCACCUGGGAAGAAUUCUGAAGGAGACGAUGGAAGAUCCCCAUGACGACAGACGCUGUGACCUGUACAAUUUCCUGUUGGUGCUGGACUAUGUUGGCAUUAACCUGGCCAGUGUCAACUCCUGUAUCAAUCCCAUCAUCCUCUACUUUGUUAGCAAGAAGUUCAACAAUUGCUUUAAGUCUUGCCUGUGUUGCUGGCACCGCUCCAACAACCAGCCGACCAGCACCAGUCCAGUAAAUGGCACAAGCAUCCAGUUCAAGACACAAGAGCCCAACAACAUCCAUACUGACCGCAGCUUACGAAAAGACAAUAACUUAUUGGCAGGUGAUCUCUACUGAACAGCGCCACCUGUGGCCUAGAGGAACUCCUGCAGUUCAUGGUCAAGGAGCUUUGUUGAUUUGAUGAGAGUCAUGAGAGUGGGGGAAAGUGUUGCUGUUCUGUGUGCACAGUAAGAGAGACGCUGCUUUUAAAAUAUAGCCACAAACUAGACAAUGGGACUGAUAUAUAUAUAGUCAUGGUCCCCUAGCAACUGUUCUCAGAACCUUCCGGAGUGAUGCUUUACCAUGAGAGAGAGGGUAGGGGUAGAAGGGGUUAACAGGAUGCAGCUGAACUACAGCUAUAAAUGAGUCCCAAUCAGUGAACUACAGUGUGUGUGCACAUGUGUAUUUGUGUGUGUACUUGUGCGUAUUGUGCACGUGUGUGUGUGUGUGUGUGUGUGUGUGUGUGUGUGUGUGUGUGUGUGUGUGUGUGUGUGUGAGCUAAUAUGGACCCAUACCCUCACGUUCUUUCCCAUUGCUGCUCAGUGUGUGGUGUCUGUUGGAUGUCAUGCACGUGGCAUCUGGGGAAGGUUUUACCUGCUUCGACUCCAACUGUUCAGAUAUGAUGUUAAUCUCUUUGUAAGCUGGACUUUUCAAAGAAGUAAAACCCUUUUCUUUCAGUGCUAUGAAAUGGCUUUUUCUACUCAGAGAGUUCUUGAAUUUUGAUGUGAAUGACGUGGAUGACGUGCCACUUGAAUGAGCCCCUACAGGGUUCAGGGUUUGUUUCUGUGUGUGUUUGUUUGUUUGUUUGUUUGUUUGUUUGUUUGUUUGUCCACCUGUUCACAUCUUAUUCUUCCAGAACUCUUGUCCAGUUCUCCCUGCCACAAAUUCCAUGGAAGUUUUUUUUUUUUUUGAUUGGUUUUGGUUUUGUUUCAUUUUAUUCCUCUAGUCCAAACAUGACCAGUGUAUUCUAAUAUAUGACCCAUAUUACCCCUGUAAUUAAACCUUAAAUCCCAGGUCUUUUUUAACACGUAAGUGAUGAACAGUGAAAGUUGACUGAAUAUUCCUUUUUCAUCUCACUGCACACUCAUGACGGUGUUUCAGCCUCUGUGGAUUUGAACGCUGUACUGUGCUGUACUUAAGCACCUCUGAACUGUGCCUAUAUAACACAUUUCUUAUACUGCUAGACUUAUCAUAAAAUGUUUUUAAAAGUCUGUAUAAACACAUAAGUGUUUGAAAAGUCUUUAAACACAAAACCGAAACAAAGAGGUGCUGUUGGACCUCGAAUCCCAUCUGAAGCUGCAUAUGUAACAGGUGUGUGUGUAACAGAUGUGUGUAACAGGUGUGUGUGUGUAACAGGUGUGUGUAACAGAUUUGUGUGUAAUAGAUGUGUGUAACAAAUUUGUGUGUAACAGGUUUGUGUGUAACAGCUAAAGCUUUCAAAAAGCCCACAGCUGGAUUUUCUCAGUCUCAGAUUCAGUUAGUAAUUCAGAGGUUAAUGACCUCUGACCUUGUUCAAAUUUUAGACUUGGUUCUUAGGAAGCUGUCCAACUGCAACAAACACUUGGUAGUGAAGAGGACAUUUCUAAAAAAAAAGAGCUCUAAGUUCACGAGGGCUUGGGAAAGAGAGGUCUUCUACACAGACUAACCCAGCCCCUUUACAUGUAACGUUGUGAACUCUUCAGUAUUAUUAAUGUGUAUACAUGACAACCUUAAUAUGAAAAUGUGUUAUGAAAUCAUGUAUUACAUGUAUUCUUUUUCUUGUAUGUAUUCAUGCUGUAUUACUUUAUGUUGCUUGUUAGGAAACUUAGAAGCAGAUGCAACCUUCUUGGUUUGCAGGAACUGUGAUAACUCAAGCAACCCAAAGACAUUUCAGGAAAAGGCAACACAUGCCUUCAGCACCUUCAUUUUGUCCCAUUUGUUCAAAACUGAAUGAUUUACAGAGAGCACAUAGAAGGUGAAAGGUUUGUUAUGAAAAUAUAUUAAUUCAUAAUUCUAUAAAUCAUCA